AUGAGGAAGAUGCUCGCUGCGGCUGUGUCCCGCGUGUUGCCCCGGGUCGCCCCGAAGCCCGCCAGCAGAAUGCUGGGGGCAGCCGGUACCUUCGCCGAUAAGGCCACAUUUGACAUUAAGCCGUGUGAGCUCUACCGGCUGGAGGAAGGCCCCCCUGCCACCGCCGUGCUCACCCGGGAGGAGGGGCUCAAAUACUACAAGACGAUGCAGAUGGUCCGCCGAAUGGAACUGAAGGCAGAUCAGCUGUAUAAGCAGAAAUUCAUCCGUGGUUUCUGUCACUUGUGUGACGGGCAGGAGGCUUGCUGCGUGGGCCUGGAGGCCGGGAUCAACCCCACCGACCACGUCAUCACAUCCUACCGGGCUCACGGCUUAUGCUACACCCGCGGGGUCUCGGUCCGAUCCAUUCUUACCGAGCUGACGGGGCGCAGAGGGGGCUGUGCUAAAGGCAAAGGGGGCUCCAUGCACAUGUACGGCAAGUACUUCUACGGGGGAAACGGCAUCGUGGGCUCUCAGACACCCAUAGGGGCCGGGAUCGCCCUGGCCUGCAAAUACAAGGGCAGCAGUGAGAUCUCCUUGACCCUGUAUGGGGAUGGCGCUGCCAACCAGGGCCAGGUCGCCGAGGCCUUCAACAUGGCCAGCUUGUGGAAGCUGCCGUGCGUGUUCAUCUGCGAGAAUAACCUCUACGGCAUGGGAACGGCCACCGACCGAGCCGCCGCCAGCACCGAAUACUACAAGAGGGGCCAUUUCAUCCCCGGCCUGAAGGUGGACGGGAUGGACGUGCUGUGUGUUCGGGAGGCAACCAAGUUUGCCGCUGACCAUUGCAGGUCGGGGAAGGGGCCCAUCGUGAUGGAGCUGCACACCUACCGCUACCACGGACACAGCAUGAGCGACCCGGGCGUCAGCUACCGCACCCGCGAGGAAAUCCAGGCGGUGCGGAGCAAGAGCGACCCGAUCAUGCUGCUCAAAGACAGGAUGCUGGCCGGCAAGCUGGCCAGUGCGGACGAGCUGAAGGACAUCGAUGCGGACGUGAAGAAGGAGAUCGAGGAGGCGGCCCAGUUUGCUAUCACGGAUCCGGAACCCGCUCUGGAAGAAAUAGCCCAUCACAUCUACAAAGACAACCCACCGUUUGAAGUUCGGGGCGCCAAUCCGUGGAUCAAGUUUAAGUCCGUCAGUUGA